AUGACAGAAACUGGCGAUCAGCGACUCCCUAACCCAGGGAGGCGUUGCUGCAUCAUCGUUGGUGGGUCGAUUCUCUUCUUCUUUUUCAUCCUAUUCCUAAUCAUUCUCAUCCCAGCAUUGAAUUCGACAGUGUUCAAGGUUAAAGAACCUAAGGUCCAACUUAUCUCAGAUUCCCUCGUUGGCGUCUCCCCUCGUAUCUCUUUCCCAGUUAUCAAUACUGAACUGAAUAUCACCCAAAACCUCACGCUUCGCGUCCACAACCCAAAUCACGCCAGCUUCAAGCAUGGUCCUGGAAAGAGUUUGCUUCUAUACCAAGGCAACCAGGUGGGAGAAGCCGAUCUGUACCCUGGUUUUGUACCCUCCAGGGGGACAGUAACGAUUCCUUGCAGGCUUACAGUAGAGGUGGAUGAGUCAGCAUCAAAUCAGAAAAGCUUGAUUAGUGACAUAUUGGCCGGACAGCUUGAAGUGGAAACACACACAACGAUUCCAGGUCGGAUUAAUUUCCUGGGGAUAUUCAAGAAGCAUGCCGUUGCUACUUCUGCAUGCAGGUUUACUAUUGCUUUUCCUGCCAUGAAGAUUCAAAACCAGAAGUGCAAGAGCAAGAGCAAGUUACGAGAGUAA